UGAUAACAAAGCUUGAUAGAAUCGGCCGUAAUAGUUGACCGUGCCAUUGAAUUUUGGCUCAGUUGAUCGCUGGGGGUUCUAGAUUGAACAGAAUAAAAUCUGGAGUAUUAGCAGCAUAUCCACUCCGAAGAAAGUAUCUUUUAUUAUAAUUUAGUGGUAACAAUGUCGGAAAGCAAUGAAUUAUGGAUCAAAAACGAACUGAUACCCACCAUAUUGGCGGAGGGUAAACUAUCUUCCAAGAGUCUUAGCGACAACGAUCAGUUACCGGUGCUAAAAGAUGUAUCUGUGAAAUGCUUAACCACGAGUGAAUCUUUUAUGUUAACGCUAUGUUACAAAGUGCAAGUGGUAUUAGAGGAGAAUGGAAAUGAGUACAAAUUGUUUUUAGUUGUAAAAAAAACACCCAGCGUUCCAGAAGAAGUCUACAAUGGUACCGGCUUUGAUAAUUUAUUCUCAAAUGAAAUUGCCGCGUACACGGCUACCUUACCGGCAUUGGGUGAUACCAGCAAAUACGUCAAAUAUUAUUAUUCGGGUCGGAAAAAAGCGGAGGCUUUUAUAGUGUUGGGUGAUUUCUCAGUUCUUGGCUACAAAAUGAGUGAAAAGCGGUAUGAUCUGUCCCUGGAACAUAUAUUAUUAGCAGUAAAACUUCUAGGCGAAUUUCACGGGCAAGGCUAUGGUCUCAAACUAAGCAAUCCAGAAAAAUUCAAAAGUGUUAUCGGCAUGAUCAAACAGUCCAAAUUUCUAACCGACAUUCCGGAUACUUGGACAAAUAUAUUGACUCAAUCAACAGAAAGAUUUAAAAACAACAUAAACAAAAGCGAACUUCCGAAGAUCAUACCUCAAGAAUUCUUGGACAACCUGGUAAACCUUAUGACAGACUAUGUAGGCCUCGCCAAAUUGGUGCACAAACCUGUCGAACCUGUUUCAACCAUUUGUCAUGGGGACUAUCUACGAAAUAACAUAGCAUUCAAAUACAGCCCAACGAACCCCGGGGUACCCACUGAAGUUAUCAUGUUCGAUUUCCAAACCAUCGUCUACGCAUCACCAAUGGUUGACCUUACCACCCUCUUAGCCCUCUCAGCAGGAACCGAUGUCCGUAGCGAUAAGUUUCACGUAGUAUUUAAGGCUUACUGGGAUACCCUAAUCGAAAAUGUGUGUAAAGUAGGAGGAAUGCAAGUGGAAGAUGUCCCCGAGUUCUUGAGCUACAAUUCUAUGGUGAAGGAGUUCAUAAAGUACUAUCCAUUGGGAAUAAGAAUCGCAACAUUCUUUCUCAUGGAAAUGGUGGAACCAAUCGACUACAGCCCACAGGAUUUCAUCGUGGAUACCAAGGAAGAUAUUUUCAAUGUUGAAACCCGAGGUGGCAAAACAGUAGAUAAAGCCAUUCGAUCUAUGAUCUUGGAAUUAUAUAAUUUUACGGUUGAAUACAAAGUCGAUAUAUUCCAGCAUUAUGAGCAUUUGAAAAAUUUGUAAAUCUUUUUUUGUGAUAAUAAUUGAGAUUUUAAUCUGUAAAGAUAUGUGAAGGAUGUGUACGUAUAAAUCUAUCGGUAAUAAAAUAA